CUUUCUGCGUAUAGAAACUCUCUCUCUUUGAUAAAACCCCAGCAAGUACCUCUGAAAUCCAAAUACUGACUAUGAAAAUCUCAAACCCUUCUAAGAGGAAUAUCAGGUACUUCUCAAACCCUAAUUACUUUUUAUUCUUUCAUUACAAACUAAAACAUUUUAAUCCUCCUAAAACCCUAAUUUGUGCUGCCUCAUUCGGGUGUCCAAUUUUGAGUUCAUAUUUCUUAAACCCCACUUCAUAUUCUUUAAUUUUCAUAACUGGGUUUUGUUCAUUUUCUGAAACUUACCAAUCUUCUCAUCCUCUUUACAUGUGUAAAUGUAAUGGUUAUAGAAGUUUAUCUUCAUUUUCCUCAAAUGGAUUGCCUUCCCUUAGUUCUCUGAUAUACCCACAUUCUCAAGCGUUACAAGUUUUAGGCUUUAGUAGAUGUAAUAUUAGAUAUAUCGGUUGUGCAAGUCAAAUUUUGAAUCUUGAUUUGAUGAAGUCUAUGGCUCAUGGUUGCUUUCGGCUUUAUUCAGUGUCAUCUACUGAUGCUUCUCGGUAUAAAAAAUUGGGUACUGGUGAGCUUAGACCAAAAGCGACUGCAAAACAAGUUUCAGAGAUUGUUAAUUGGCUAACAAAAGACAAGGAUGAUUGGGAAUCUAAGUUGAAAGUUCUCAAUGUAAGACUAUCUAUUGCCUCGGGUAUUCAUGUUUUUGAAGUUUUGAAUAAUAAGAAAAAGUCUGCAUUGCAGUUCUUUCAUUGGAUUAGAAUUUGGCAGCCAGAAUUGGGAAUGAACUCUGAUAUUUGUAGUUUGGUUGUUGAUAAUUGUGGGCGUUUAGGUCAUUACAAUGCUAUGCAAUGUCUUCUGAAUGAUUUUAAGCUGAACAGAUUGUCCCUAACUAAAAAGGCAUUUGAGUUCUUACCUGUUAUGGCUGCAAAUGAGGAGUUGCUAAGGAAAUCAACACAGAGUGUGAUUGAUAUGUUACAUGAAGUUGGGGGGACAUGUUAUGGUACUGGAGUUUACUCAUUGGUCGAACUUUUCUGUGUUUUGGGAUCCUUUGACAUGGCGAAGUUUGUGAUCGAGACAACUGAGAGGAAGUUGUCUUACUAUGGUGUUUUCAUUCGGGAAAUGUGUAGGAGAUGUGAUUUUGAAGGAGCAGGAAAUAUGAUGGAUGAGAUGAGGAUGGCAGGCUGUGAGCCAAAUGCCCAAAUUUACAAUUACAUAAUUAGUUGUUUGCUAAGGAAUGGUAAGAAAGAUGAUGCUUGCAAAUUGUUUCAGGAAAUGAAAGAGAAGAAUUGUCCUCCUGAUGCAUUAACAUUUGAAAUAUUUAUACAUGACUCUUGUAAAGAUCACAAGUUUGAUAUCGCUUUUGAAUUUUUUGAUGAAAUGGUGUCGAGGGGUCUUGAGCCUCGGCUUUCAACACAUGCUGUAUUUAUCAAGGGAUUCUUCAACUCACAGCAGUACGGGGAGGCAUACAAGUAUGUUGUGGGCUCAGAUGAUAAGUAUUCAGCCAGUAUGAAUUACACCUUGCUUGCAAGCCUUCAUCAGAAGAGGGGAAAUCUGGUUGCUGCUGAAAAUAUUCUUUCUGAAAUGAUUAAGAAGGGUCUUAGACCUCAUUUUAAAGUGUAUAUGAAAGUCUUAAAGAACCUCGGGAAGUCAGGCGACGAAAAAUUGGCUUUAGAUUUGCAACAGAAGUUUUUCCAGCUUGAACAUAGAGCUUAGUACAAGUAUCACAUGGGUUUUUUUUAUAUUUUUAAUUGUAGCAAUUAGUUUGCCCUGUGACUGACUAAGUUGUUUAAUUGUAAUUGACACAUGUAAAGGGUAGUCAAGGUUUAAAUUUUGAUUAGGAGUUUGUCUUAACCAGAUCUAUAAGCUAAGCUUUGUAGAAUAAUGGCAGUGAAUCAGCAUAGGCAUGGGCUAAAGUUGGGUGCCUAACAGAAAAGCACACUUGUAUCCUUUUUUUAUUUUUUUUAUUUUUUAUCUCUUUAUAUGAAUGAGAUGGCAAGAGCUCCUGUUGAGUGAGCAUUUCUGCAAACACUUCCCUCUUAA